AUGGGUGUCCUCUCUCGCUUUAACCUCGUCGCCAAAGGCGCAGAAGAGGUGAAAGGCAAGGAUGUUUGGCUGGACAAUGACGAUCUGCGACCACUCAAACUGAAGGAUCGCACGUGGACACAGGUCACAUAUUUCACUUUCUGGUUCUCGGCAGCUGCGACAGGCCCUCCUAACAGCAAAGAUAGGUAUGGCGCCUCUGCUGCCCAAGCGCUGGGUCUGUCAAUGUGGGAAUCUCUUGCGUGUUCAUUUGGGGGUCAGUGCCUCAUCGCCGUCGUCAUCACCUUAAACGGCCGUUCAGGAGCCGUCUACCAUGUGGGAUUUCCCAUCAUGAACCGCGCGGCCUUUGGUGUCUAUGGCGCUUGGUGGCCCACAUUCAACAGGGCUGUCAUGGCUAUUGUAUGGAAUGGUGUCAACGCCGUCCAAGGAGGACAAUGCGUUUACGUAAUGCUGCACGCGAUAUUCCCCAGCAUUGCACGCAUCAAGAACAGUAUGGGCCCAGGUUCCGCACUGACAAGCGCUGGCAUGAUUGGCUUUGCCGUGUUCUGGCUAGUGUCCUGCUUCUUCCUGGCAAUUCCUGUUCCCAAGAUGCGAAAGCUCGUCUAUGUCAAGCUGGUCGUGUUCGUCGUUUCAGCUAUGGCGAUGCUGGGCUGGACGGUCGGCAAAGCUGGUGGCUUGGGCCCGGUAGCACGCCAGGGUUCGACGGUCCAUGGCAGUGACAAGAGUUGGCUGAUUCUUAGAUUCUUCAUGCUCGGUGCGGCCAACUGUGCGACCUUCGCAAGCAACGCUCCGGACUUCCAGCGAUACGGCAGCCGAUCCAAGGACCCCAUCCUCGGCAACAUUGUCGGAUUCCCACUCGCGAAUCUGCUUGUCUCCCUCGUCGGCAACAUCGUCUGCGCAACCAGCCAGGUGAUCUUCGGCGAACUGGUCUGGAACCCAGUUGAACUGCUAGACAUGUUGCAAACCACGAACUACACCGCCGCCAACCGCGCGGGCUGCUUCUUCAUCGCACUCAUGUUUGUGUACAGCGCGAUGUUCUCGUCCAUAUUCGAGAAUUCGCUCCCCGCGGGCAACGACCUCGCGGCGCUGUUCCCGAAAUACAUCAGCAUCCGCAAGGGCUUCUACAUCUGCGCCGUGGUUUCCUUCGCCAUCAACCCGUGGUACCUACUGGGCUCGGCGUCCAUCUUCGUCUCGUUCCUGGCGUCUUACCAGAUCUUUCUCUCGUCGAUUACCGGCGUCCUACUAUGCCACUACUACGUGAUUUCCCGCGGCUACCUGCACAUCCCGGACCUCUUCACGUCUGACAAAGCCGGCGCUUACCACUAUACCAAAGGCUGGAACAUCCGCGCGUACGUCGCGUAUGUGAUCGGCGUGGUCCCCAAUUUCUACGGCUUCUUGAAUAACAUGGGCGUUGAUGCGCCGGUGGGUGUCACGAGGUUCUACUACUUUGCGUACUGGGUGGGCAUUUUCGUGAGCGGUGCCGUUUACUGGUCUCUGUGCAAACUGUAUCCUCCGGCUAUUAUGUACAAUAAGGGCUGGAUGGAGCCGAAGAACUAUAUCCGCCCCGAGGAGGAGGGUCAAGUGCAGGUCCUCGAGGGCCAAAGUACUGGUAGCGACGUGGAAGUUGCGGGAUCUAGAAACGAGAGCGGUAACGGAGAGAAAGCGGUAGCGAAACAGACCAUCACAGGCGUGGGUAGGGUCGAAUGA